GAAGAAACCAAAACUAGUAAUGGAAGGUAUUUCCGUUACUGUGUACAAGUCUUUGAGAGGCUACUGGAACCGGAGAGGCUACGUCAAGCUCAACGGUUCUACCGGUUCACGGCGGAGCAAGGUGGUGAACCUUGGCUCUUCCACCCGGCGGCGGCGGCGGAGGAGGUUAUGGAGGAUGAGGGUCAAGGCGAAGCUGAGGAUAAUACCUUCGCCCAAGAAGUUGUUUGUUUGGUUACGAGACGCCUACGUGAAAACGAUGCAGGGAUUAGCAAAUUCCGGGGUGGUGGUUAACACCGCUUACAUGGGAGCCAUCGGUGGUGGAGGUGGUGGUCGGAGCAUCGCAGCCUUCGGGAAGAGUCCUGUGAAAGAAUACGACGACAAAAUGAUUGUGGAGGUCUAUAAAUCUUUGGCGAUGGUGCAAGGUCAGCUGCUGCCUCGUGAGGCAAGGAAGAUUAGCUCUGCAAUUAUUUGUCAACGGUGAAACAAU